AUGCCUCCAAAAGGUUCUCCGAAGUAUCCAAAAGGAAUUUCCCUGUAUCCUAAAGGAUCUCCUAAGUAUAACAUCAUGCAGUCCAAGAAAAUCACCAAGGGUUCUUCUCCAUCAGUUGAGAGACAAAGGGCUUCAUGGAAUGCGAAACUUGAAAAGGAUCUAGUUGAGCUGCUGCAUGAGCACAAUAAUAGUUACCAUAGAGGUCAAAAUGGAUGGUCACGUGAGAGCUGGAAUACGAUGGCUUCACUUUUCCAGGAAAGACACAAGCACUUGAAUUUCAGAUACACAUGUAAUAUACGCCUAUUACUUCGGAUUUUUGCAGGGCAAACAACAGAUGGAAAACUCAACUUUACAUCCACAUCAGAACCUUCAAUGGAAGACGAAGAAGAGACAGAGAGAGGGGUAGCCGAGGACCGUAGUGAUGAUGAACUGUAGAUUAUGGAGGAAGGUGUCCAAAGAAGGGUUCAAGUGGAUCAUGAUGAAAGGAGAGCUCAAGUUGAGCAUGAACAAGCUGGUGAUGCACGUGCUGCUACUGAUACAUCAAGGAAUACCAUUGUUGCGAAAGGAAAUAAGCCCAAGAAGAGUCCUAAAAAGAAUAGUGGAGAUGCUUUAGUGGGUGUGAUGCAUAGAUUCGUUGACAUAAAAGAGAAGGAAGCCACCAAGGAGGAUGGAAAUGAGUUCUCAAUCACAAGGUGCAUGGCUGAGUUGAGAACAUUGCAAGAGAUAACUCCUGAUGAGAAGCUGAUGGCGUUGAAGUUGUUCAAAAUUGCUGAUAAUAGGGAAAUGUUUGUCAAUUUGGUUGCUGAUAAGGAUGGCACUGCUCUUCUAUGGAUUAGAAGGCAUAUCUAAGAUAGCAUGAGGCUUAACUCCAAGGGCGACAAGGUGGGCAUAAGAGAAAGAUUGGGACAAGUCUAUUGUUCGUUGUUUUUGAGAAGCAAAAUCAUCAAAACCGGAGAAGUUCUUGUUUUAUUCUCGUAUCGUAGUGCUGUUUCGCUAGAAAAGAUUAUGUAAAAUCUGAUUUUUAUUGCCUUUGCAUUCUGGCCGGAUACUAUAGCUCACUUGUU